AUGAGGACCGUCACUAGCUGGCAGAUUUGUAUGGACUACCAAAAGCUCAAUGCGGCGAUGAAGAAGGACCAUUUCCCUUUACCUUUUAUUGAUCAAGUGCUAGAUCAACUAACAGGAAAUGACUACUUCUGUUUUCUUGAUGGGUAUGUGAGGCUACAACCAGAUAAUGAUCGCACCAGAAGACCAAUAAAAGUCCACAUUCACCUGCUCAUACAGACCGUUUGCUUUUCGUCGCAUGCUGUUUGGUUUAUGCAAUGCACCGAGCAUGUUUCAGAGGUGCAUGAUGGCAAUCUUCUCCGAGUAUCUCGAGGAUUCAGUAGAAAUCUUAUGGAUGAUUUCUCAGUUUAUAGGCAAACGUAUGAAGUUUGUCUGAAAAACUUCGAGAGGAUACUAAAAAGGUGCGAAGAGACCAAUCUGUGCUGA